GGAAUAUGCAUUAGAACAACACACCGCUCCGAUACAACAGCAUCUCUUAAGACUACAAACAUUGACGGUAUCUGGCUACAAGAUAGUAGUGAGGCGCAGUAGGCGCCCGAACGAACAAAAUGCGCCGCCAGCAGUUCCGCGCUACGCAGAACGCCGUACGACUUGGCACAGUGGCUUCGGAUCCUUCUGCCCUCAUAUAUAGCUACGACGCCAACGUCAACCCGUCACGACCAGCAAAGUCAUCGCCCUUGGCAAGCUCCACUGUGGCUGGGCUGCCACUUGAGCUACUGGACCGCCUAAAGGCUUUCCCGCUCUUCCAGUCUGCGCCUGAGUCUUUCCUUCUUAGCAUUGGGAGAAGCUUACGACCGAGCAUCUACCAGACGUCACAGGAGAUCAUCCGAGAGGGUGACGAUGCAAAAGCUAUGUACUGGUUGGUGCGCGGAAGCGUACGUGUUACGAGCAGAGAUGGCGAGUCCACGUACGCCGAACUCAAGCCAGGCGCCUUCUUUGGUGAGAUUGGCAUCCUAAUGGACGUGCCCCGUACUGCAUCCAUCGUGGCGAGCGUCCGUAGUAUGGUAGUCAAGCUGAGCAAAGAAGAGAUUCAGAAGGAGCUGUUAAACUACCCUGAUGUAGAACGGACGAUCAGAGAAGAGGCGCUUGAAAGAUUGACGAUAUUGGAGCGCAAGAAGAAAGAGUUGACACUGGCGAACGGUGAAAGCUACGGCACGGUUCGCCCACCUACGGCGCCACGAAAGCGUUCCCGCGACUGGGUCGCUGGCGAUGUUGAGAUGGGCGAAGCCGGCUCGCUUGCAGAUGGCGAGGUACUUGCCAACAAGCGCAGGAAGUCACCGUCUCCGGGUCUGGCAGAGAUUGCGGCGAUCGCCGCCUCAAGCGCACUUAGCGAUCCGCCGCUUACAGUUCGUGGACUGCUAAAGGAGCUGCCAUUGUUCGCCAACCUGCCAAACGACAUCUUACACUUUCUGGGCGUCAAUGCACAGCCCGUGACUUUUCCACCUUUCACUGAGAUUAUUACGCAAGACAGCGCCGGUCGAGAUGUGUAUUUCAUCAUCAAGGGAGACGUGGAGAUCUUGAUCAAUGCACCGGAUUCAAGAAGAGGCUCAGCGGAAGCCAAGGCGAACGGCGCCAUCUCAGCAAAUGGUGAGCGUCACAGGCAGCGUGUAAGGGCGCGCCUGAAGGCUGGGCAGUAUUUUGGUGAGGUCACCAGCUUGUCCCUCGCGCCUAGGCGGACGGCAACUGUGAGAAGUGUGCACUCUGUUGAGUGUUUGCUCAUCAGUGGUGAAGUGCUUGAUCAGUUGUGGCAGCGAUGUAGUCCGGCUUUGCGGGAGUCAGUGGAAAGCGAGGCCAAACGCAGACUCAGUGCUGCAAAGAAGGACGAUGAUAUCGUAAUGUCUGACGCAGGUGCUGAAGAUGGGUCAGAUGUGCCCGUGACCAUGGAGUCGAUUGCAGUCGCUGAUGCGGAUGCCUUGAAUGCCUGGCGUAAGGCCUUGCCUACCGUCACUUUCGAAGAGCCUGUUAUAGAGCCUCCAGCAACACCUCCUCAGCAGAUGGAACCUGUGGACACCGAUCCUUUCUUCAAUCCAGAUCUCGACAACGUGCGCGCGAAGUCUCGGCGGUCUUCACUGGCCCCACCACCACCUGGCAGUGAGAGCCUGAUCUCCAGCUACACUGAUCUACAGCGCACACCAAGUCCACCUGGUGCUCUUCGUAUGCUUUCAUCUCCACUAAAACCGGGAGCCCGAUACUCGCCUGGCCCGACCUCGCCACUUCGCCUCUCACCUACUACGACCCGAAGACCGAGCCUCGACCGACGGCCUUCGAAUUACGGAAAGGGACGUCUACCGGACUCUGUACUUGUUCUGAUCUUCCAACAUCUAGAGCUAUUCGACUUGAUGCGCUUCCGGCUCGUAUCGAUGCACUGGUGGGAGUUCCUGAACAACUCACCGGACAUCCUCCGACAUUUAGACUUGUCCAUCUACAACCGAUGUGUCACAGAUGCAGUCCUACGUAAUAUUAUCGUGCCGUUCGUUGGCAACAGACCCCGCGAGAUCGACAUGAGUAACUGCUUUCAUAUUACGGAUGAGGGUUUCAGAGCACUCGCUGAGGCAUGCGGCGAGAGCGCGAAGAUGUGGAAGAUGAAGUCUGUUUGGGAUGUGUCUGGCCCUGCUGUUCUAGCCCUUGUGGACAAGGCUAAGGGGCUAGAGGAGAUCGACCUUAGCAACUGCCGCAAGGUCGGCGAUAAUCUCCUCGCGAGAGUAGUCGGUUGGAUUGUGCCGGAGAAGUCCGCAGUACCACCCCAACCUAUACAGCAACCACCGAACGGGAAGCGACCGCAGCCGAAACGCAACAACUCCUCACAACAAGCCUUGCAGGUGCAAGCAGAUCUGGCACAACCACCUCCCGGCACCAUCAUCGGUGCCGUGAAGCUCAAGAAAAUAACCCUCAGCUACUGCAAGCACAUCCAGGACCGCAGUAUGGCACAUCUAGCCGUCCACGCCUCGGAACGGCUGGAGAGUCUUGAUCUGACGCGCUGUACCGGUAUCAGCGACGCUGGCUUUCAUUCUUGGGGUGUAUACAAGUUCCAGAAUCUGCGCAAGCUGAUCUUGGCAGACUGCACGUAUCUGUCCGAUCAAGCCAUUGUCGGCGUUGUUGGCGGAUGCAAAGGACUUAAGGAGUUGGAUCUCAGCUUCUGCUGCGCUUUGAGCGAUACGGCCACCGAGGUGCUGUCGUUGGGUCUGCCCAGCUUGAGAAGCUUGAACAUGGCCUUUUGUGGAUCUGCUGUAUCGGACAACAGCAUGAGGUGCAUUGGUUUGCAUCUUCUCGAGCUACAGUACCUCUCGGUCCGGGGUUGUGUGCGAGUCACCGGUCAGGGCGUUGAGAGCGUGGUGGAGGGAUGCCGCCAGCUUGAAGAGUUCGAUGUCUCGCAGUGUAAGAAUUUGCGCUCAUGGCUUGAUCGAGGCGGCAUCGAGAAGGUUAAUGUGGCUGGUCGAUCUGUGAUAUUUGAUACGGUUGCGGAUGGGACGUGGAGGGCUGGUGGACGAUGAGCACGCAUACCUCUAGCGUUAUAUGUUAUGCUUCCGAGCGAGGCGCGUGGCGCGAUUACUGGAGCUGGUAGACAGCCUGCUGUUUGAUGCCGUAGGGAUUGUUCCCUUGU